GAGUAAUGGGGUGUGACUACUGCGUAAACCUGUUCUCCUGCUCUUGCAACAGCAGUGUCCUGAAGAAAAGCUCAUUUUGAAGUUGUCUGCCGGCCAGAAUGUCUCUGAAGAUCUACUUCAGCAGUGCCAGUGGCUCAAGAGAGGUGAAGCAGCAACAGAAUGAGAUCUUCCAAUAUCUGACUGCAAAGAAGGUGAAGUAUGAGGCGGUUGACAUCUGUCAGACUAACGAUCUGAAGGAGGAGAUGAGGAGGCUGUCAGGCAAUCCCAAAGCCAUGCCUCCCCAAGUGUUUUUUGACAACGUUUACUGUGGCGACUACAACAAGUUUUUUGAAUCUGUGGAGGAUGACAAAGCAGACGCUUUUUUUAAAUUGAAGUGAAGCCUGUGAAUGACUUAAGAAUCUGCAUUUAAAUUGCUACUAUGAUAUGCAUUGAAAUGAUGUGCAUUUGGCAAUGAGAAACAAUGAAAAUGUUUUACAUAUUCCAUUUAA